AUGAUCUUAAGUUGGUAUGAUGCUGAUGCUGAACAAGGACACUUCUUUGUUGGGUCGGAGAAGUGGCAAUUCAGUUGUUGGGCCGUCUUGUAUCAGAAUAUCAAGAAAGUUCGUGUGAAGUUGACGCAAUCUACAGGGUAUGCACUGAAUGGCUUCACAAUAGCUUUUCAAAUCUGGAUCAUGGAGGCAAUUCCCGCUCUCGGAUAUAUGCUGUCUUCUAGAUUGGAUGCUGUGAUCGCCGGUGUUCCUAGAUGCUCUAAGUGGGAAGGCAUUAGCUAUGGGAAAAUUUCAGAUAUUAAGCAUAUCGAAAAUAAGUUUUGCACGAAGGAGAAGCUCUAUCACUAUAUCUCUUCCACUAGGAAUGAUGAUGUCGUUGAUCCUUUGGAGUUUGUAGGGCCUGAUGAAAUGGCUGACGCAAGAUUGGAUCUUCUUAAAACAAUGAUCAAUGAUGGAAUGGAUUGGAGUCACCAUAAAUGGGAGGUAGAAGAAGCAUUACCUGCAACUCUUGACGAGAAUGAGGAAGCAACAGAUGAAGAGAAUGAGAAUGUCGCAGAAGAAAGCAAAUUUAGGACACCACCUGCUGUAGGUAGCUCAGUUGCAGGUUCGAGUCAAGGAAAGAAAAGGGUCGCUGAACCUGGUGCAGAAUCACGGAAGCAGAAGUUGAUGUGCGAUCGAUCAGCUGCGAAAGCCAUCGAUGAGGAAUUUAAGUCUUAUAUUCAAGGACUUUUGCAGACCUCAUUCAAAGCUUUGGAGGAGAGACUUGAGACCAAGAUUGAUAGUCAAGUCGAGCUGUUGGAUAAAAAAAUAGAAAACCUAAAGGAGAUGCUUGAGAAAAAGAUUAUAGAACCCAUACAAACAGGUGGAUUCACUACUGCUAGUCCCACCGCAUCAAAAUCACAACCUGGUACAGUUGUUGUUCCUUUACCGGCAAAAACAUCUACCAGUGAUGUUAACGUCGGUCAAAAAACUGCUACGGCGUCAACAAUUGCCGCCUCCAAAUCCAUAACAAGAUCUGCAGGUUCUACUCUAAGCAAAAGGGAGACUUCUCACCCUUCCAAAAAGGAAGAUAGAAACAAAGAGAUGUAUGACGUGUUUCUCAAUCAGGAAAUGGAUAUGGACCUGGAAAUGGAUCUUAAAGACGCUUUAUUCGCAAAAGCACUGAACAAAAUUUCUCAAUCAUCAUUUGUAGCUGGUUACGAUCCGACGCAGUCAGAUAAUGCAAAUUAUCCAUUGAUUCAUGUGUCAGAUACCGAUUGGGAAGGUGUAGACGAGUGGGCACAGACACGCGAAGACUUAUUAGUUGGUCCCCUCAAGUAUACUACAGAAGUAGCAGAUCGCCUCAUGAAUAAACGACAUUGGUUGCACAUACCGGAAAUGGAUGGAGUUAUGUACUUAUUUGGGGAGUAA